UCUAAAAAAUGCGUAUUGCGUAAAAACUGUCCACGGCCAGGAAAGCUAGUCGUUGAAUACUGUAGCUGUCACUACGAUGUCCUGCAUGUAUCUGUCUUUACAAGCAAUCGAAUUAUCAACCUUCUCAUGUAGCGAGUUGCUUACUUGAAACCUCAUUUUUGGAUAGAGUCAUAGUAGAAGUCUCAUUUCAAUAUGAAUGAGCCAGAGGGACUGCGGUUCAGGAGGCUGAACAGACCACAGGUCAUCACAGACGAAUUACAGGAACCCCAAUACAAGGGAACCAGUACCUACAGUGGAAAGGUAUUCCGUGUGACCCUAGUGACCUUGGGAGGAUGCCUGAUCCUUCCAUUGCUUGUGGUCUUUUUUCUGCUUGAGUCUCCUAUUCACCCUGAGCUGCUCAGCCUCAAUGAGCCUCCCCUUAUGUCUGGGUGUUACGAGCCCAACUUUAAGCUGAGGGAGGCACAGCGGCUGUUUGAAGACCAGCUUGUUGGCCCAGAGUCCAUUGCCAACUUCGGAGAUGUGAUGUACACAGGUACGGCUGAUGGGAAGAUAGUGAAGAUUGAGGGCAAGAGCAUCACUGUUAUAGCCAGACUUGGCAAGCCACCCUGUGAUGGAUCCCGUGAGCAGGAGCCUAGCUGUGGACGACCCCUGGGUAUCAGAGUGGGUCCUAACGGCACCCUGUUUGUAGCUGACGCCUAUCUGGGGCUUUUCGAGGUCAACCCUGUCACAGGUGAGGUGACCAACCUGGUGUCGGCUGGGCAGAUGGUAGGGGGCCGGAGGCUCUCCUUUGUUAAUGACCUAGAUGUAACACAGGAUGGGAGGAAAGUGUACUUCACAGACUCUAGCAGCAGGUGGCAGCGCAGAGACUACCUUCAUCUUAUCAUGGAGGCCACAGCAGAUGGACGUGUGUUAGAGUAUGACACAGAGACCAAGGAGGUAACAGUGUUGAUGGAGAACCUUCGUUUUGCCAACGGGAUCCAGCUUUUCCCUGAUGAGGAGUCUGUACUGGUGACUGAGACUACCAUGGCUAGGAUUCGCAGGGUCCAUGUGUCAGGUCUAAAUAAAGGAGGAAUGGACACAUUUGUUGACAACCUGCCUGGUUUCCCUGACAACAUCCGUCGCAGCUCCUCUGGAGGGUACUGGGUGGCAAUGUCAGCGGUGCGGCCCAACCCUGGCUUCUCCAUGCUGGACUUCCUGUCCCAGAAGCCCUGGAUCAAGAAGCUCAUCUUUAAGCUCUUCAGUCAGGACAUGCUGAUGAAGUUUGUGCCUCGCUACAGCCUGGUGAUAGAGCUGCAGGAGAGCGGGACGUGCGUGCGUAGCUUCCAUGACCCCCACGGCAUGGUGGCGGCCUACGUCAGCGAGGCACAUGAGCACGACGGCCACCUCUACCUAGGCUCUUUCCGCUCCCCUUACCUCUGCAAGCUGGAUCUCAGCAAGGUGUGAGCUGGGAGCUGAGCACAACCACUUUCUCAGACAAAACCCAUAUAUGAGACUGCUGUCUGCCUACCUAACACCUCCCUACCUAGUCUCUCCCAAAUUAGUGUUUUCCAAUAACAACAAAUACAUCAGAAUUGAUAAGAAUGGCUUAAUGCUUGAUGUGCUGCAUUUGCAUUGCUUUUCACCAGCUUCAGGAAAACAUGGACUAGUCUUCAUUAAGUAUCUGCACUAUUAAGGCGCAUUUGACUGGGAUGCAAAUCCAUCCUUUCUAGUCUUAUCAGCCCACAAUGAACUAUUAGCCCUUUCUGACAGUGCAUUUCAGUUGUAGCUCAAGGAAUGUGUUAUUUAACCAAACAGUCUUUGGGGAAAGUAGUUUUCCCAAAAAUCCCCAUGUUGUAAGGUACAUUGUUUUUCAGGUCUGUGUUUUGGGUUGUUGAAAUGUGCCAAAUUUGUUCUCGAUUUUGUUUGUUUAAACCAUUCAGUAUCUGCACUUUUAGUUUCAUUUUUGCACUAAGCUCUCAUCUCACCCUUAAAUAUAACUGACAAUGUUAUUCUUGUACUUGGAGAAUUUCAAAGACGUCAUCUUAUCAGUUGAAAUACACAUGUAAAAAUCACUGAAUCAGUAUUAUUCUAGGAGUGCCACUGAACUGAUUUAUUUUGUUGUGUAUAUUUAGAAAUCCUAGAUCUAGUUGAUCAUAAUAAAGGUGAUGCAAAAAGAAUACAAAAUAA